AAAUGUCAGCAAUCCCAGCUAUCUGUAUUACACCACCAUGUCGAGUGGACAAUUUUCACCCUGUGACACACUGGACAGUGGCACGGGCAGUGAUUUGGAAUCACAAAAUCACACUCCGCACACACCCACUGCCCAUUUGCUGCUACCACCAUCUUCAUCCAAUUCCAAAACCAAUUCCAAUGGCCUGGAAAUGCAUUUGAAAACCACCAAAGUUCGCCUAUCCCAAAACGGUGGCAACAAGGAGCAACGUAACUGUAACUCUUCAUCCUACACGGAUUCCGAGGAAAGUGAGGCAUCAUCGCUCAGUUGUGAUUCGCUGCAUUCCAAUGAAUUUAUGCGCCAGUCUUCACAGUCGCCCAUACAAAAUAAAAUUCCCAAUGGCACGAGGAAAAUUCUCGGCUCUUUCUUACCCGAUUCCCUGCUAAGAGAUAUUAAAAAUUUGAAAUUAAAUCAAACCGAAUAUGAGGCCGAAAAUGAAAACGAAGAAGAUGAAGAUCACAUCGAACAGAGAAUCAAGGCCCACAAACAGCGUAACAAUGAAUCAUCAUACGAACCCAUUAGUUCCCAGGAUUAUAUGAUGGCACAAAAUGACUAUGUUCAGACACGUAAUACGGAAAAUUCGGCAGCGAAUGCGAAUUCAAAUUCUUCCAAACGUGCCUCGUUGCCCUCCAAAACCUUUGUACUCAAUCAAGAGGAUGGCACCUUUAUUGACAUGAAAAUGAAUUCGAUGCCCCGAAAAUAUGAGGCUGACAAAUACUACAAUUUCCAUGUUAAUGAACAUGAAAAUUUCCGCAGUUUUGGCAACAACAGCAAUGGGGCCAAUAAUGGUUUUUCGGAAUCUGGCAAUGAAUCGUUAUCGGAAUAUGACAGCCGCAGCAGUUUGAGUGAUGAUGUCUUUGCCGGUUAUAAGGAUUUACGUUGUGGCUCGGCCACCUCAACAAUACGCUCGAACAAGGGCACAGUGCGUGGUGUCAAGAAUCGUGUGCGCAAUGGAAUAGCCACAUUCUUGCAGCUGCAGCAACCAAAUAUGAAGGUGAGUGGAAGAGAAAAAAAUAGGGUUUGA